AUGCAACCGAACAGCACUGCCACCAGCACCACCAACAACAGCACCACUACCACCAGCACUGCUAACAGCACUUCAAUUGCUGUAAAUGCAACUUCAAUGCCGCUGAAUACAACACAAGGAGUGAAUCUAACCACCACCACCAGUGCUGCUAAUGUCUCAGUGCCAGCAACAGUCAACACUACUACAACUACAACUGUCACUACCGCUAACAACUCAAGUACGGGUAACACAACUACAACCAAGUCGCCUAUACUCACCGUUACUACAGCCACCACAAAUCCGAACACUUCUGUGACCACAACUGGAAGUACAACAACAAAUUCGACAGCAGCUGAAGCCAAAGCCAACGCACUGCUUGACCAGACGAAAGACGUGUCCAAACUGAACUCCAGCCAGGUGAAUCAGCUGGUGUCUCAGCUCGAGGCUCUGUUAUCAGGCCCAAAUGUCAGCAUAGGGCUGGGGAACACGUCAGUCAACAUUGUCAGCAAUCUCCUGGGUGCUUCUCCAUCUGUGCUGUCAGAGUCCUCCAACAGGAUAAUAGGGAUCGUUGAUACAGUGGGGCUCAAGCUGGUUGUUGGAGGGACGGCUCAGACCAUUUUGUCCCCGGCUGUUGCUCUGUCAGUGAAACCAGCAGAUGGCGCCAACUUUCAGAAAACAACUUUUUCCAUCUCAAGCCCCACCAAUGUGGAGGUCCGUGGGAUUCCCAGACUGAGAAGGAGCGUGACAACAAACUCCUCGACCCCUCAGGGCUCCGUCACGCUGCCUGCCUCUCUCACUCAGAAUCUCACAUCUCAGGAACAGCAGCAGGUCUCCAGAGUUCAGUUCAAUUUCUACCAGAAGAGCACUGUAUUCCAGGACAAAUCCCUGGGAGUACGCAGGCUUAAUAGCGGGAUCCUAGGAGCAAGUGUCGCCAAUCUGUCAAUCUCAGGACUGCAAGACAAUGUUAUAAUCACCCUAAAAAACCAAGAGCCUAUUCCGGCAAAUUAUGUGGCAACGUGUGUUUUCUGGGACUUUGCAUUAAAUGAUGGAUCGGGUGGCUGGAGUUCAAAUGGCUGUUCUGUCCAAAAUAGCACAGACAGUGAGACAAUUUGUGGCUGCAACCAUUUAACCAGUUUUGCCAUCCUGCUGGACCUCUCCAGGCAGCCUAUAACCAGUAGUGUCCAGAGCACCAUCCUUACCUUUAUCACGUACAUUGGCUGUGGAAUCUCUGCUAUCUUCCUGGCUGUCACCAUCCUCACCUACUUGGCCUUUGGCAAGUUGCGCAAAGACAUCCCAUCCAAAAUCCUGAUCCAGCUGUGCUUUGCGCUGCUCCUGCUGAAUCUGGUCUUCCUGGUGGACGCCUGGCUGUCGCUCUACCCAGACGCCGUGGGCCUUUGCAUUUCCACUGCCUGGUUCCUUCACUACUUCUUGCUAGCUGCCUUCACAUGGAUGGGUCUUGAGGCAGUCCACAUGUACGUGGCACUUGUGAAAGUCUUCAACGUCAAUGUAUCGCACUACAUGCUGAAGUACUCGCUGGCUGGCUGGGGUAUCCCGAUGAUCGUGGUCAUUAUUGUCAUUGCAAUUGACAAAAACAACUACGGUCUUGUUUCCUAUGGAAAGUUUAGUGAUGGCACUACUGAUGAGUUCUGCUGGCUGAAAAAUGACAUCGCCUUCUACGUGGCAGUGGUGGCGUAUUUCUGCGUCAUUUUUAUAUUUAACUUCAUCAUGUUUAUUGUAGUUAUGGUCCAGCUGUGCCGGAUAAAAAGACAAAACCCUCAAAAUCUCCAGCACCGCAGCACACUGCAGGAUGUGCGCAGUGUGUUGGGGAUAACCAUCCUGCUAGGCCUCACGUGGGGCUUUGCCUUUUUUGCCUGGGGGCCGGUUAACCUGGCGUUCAUGUACCUCUUUGCCAUCUUUAACUCCCUGCAAGGUUUCUUUAUAUUCGUGUUCCACUGUGCAGUGAAGGAAACCGUGAGGAGGCAGUGGAGGAUCUAUCUGUGCUGCGGCAAAAUGAGACUAUCAGAGAACUCAGAAUGGAGUCGCACUGCAACACAGAAGACUGCAAAGAAGUCAUCGCUGACCAACAACACAUCUCUUCAUUCCAGUACCUCACGUGGCAAUAACUCUUCCAGCUCCUCUUUCCUCAAUAGUGACAUUUCAGAACAGAGUGAUGGGAUUGGUAGUCCAUAUGCAGACAGAGUAAUCACAGCAGAUGAAGACUCAAAUAUGGAUGUGGUCCUCAACGAGAUCAACAUGCGGCACAGACACUCACAAACUUCUUGAUAGUGGAGGGACAAAGCCACCUCUC